CUAUGUUUAGUUUGGUUGAUGAUAUCUAUCGUAACAUCGAAUGAUCUAAAGGAUCUGCUCGAAGAUAGCAUAACACCACGGUCCACUACUACCUAUACUUCAACAUUAACACACACCACACCAAGAACAUUAAUAAUGAAUAAAUCAUCAGGAAAUAUGUUAGGUACUACCAAAACUACAAAUCUUGCCAUGUUAACAGAAAGUGGUAGUAAUAAAUUAAACCCUGAUCCUUUAGUACCACAUCCUCCACCAGCCAUUAAAACGAAUUUGAAAUAUUUUAAUAAAAGCUCACCAAAGAAACGCAAAGCUGAAGAAGUUUCAUCGAUACCGAUAGGUGAUGAUAAUACUGAAUGGAAAUGUCCAAACAUAACGGGUUCUCGUAGCUUAGAAUGCGGUUGUGAUUUACCGCAUACAUUACGCUGCAACGGUGACCUACAUGGCUUAACAGUACUUGCUGAAAACUUACGUGUUUCUCCAUAUUCCGUUUCUCUCCUGGAUUGUUCCCUACGCAAUGUUACGUUUUUGAGCGAUGCCAAAAUAUUUGAGGGAGUUUCACUGCACGGUUUAGUGAUUUCAUCAGGAGAAAUUAAACGUGUACAUAAAUAUGCUUUCUUGGGCAUCAAAGGACCCUUACAAGCUUUAGGUUUACCAAGUAAUGCCUUAUUAAGCGUACCUUGGAGUUCGAUUUCAACACUUACAGCUCUAGAGCGUUUAGACUUAUCCACUAAUAGAAUCAAAGCACUUGGUACCUCAGAUUUUGCUGGUCUUAUUAAUCUUGUUUAUCUUGAAUUAAGUAACAAUCAAAUUACAAGCAUAUCCCAAAGAACAUUUUCAAAUUUGGCAAAAUUGGAAGUACUCAAAUUAGGUGGCAACCGAUUAGGUGAUUUUCCCACAAGUCUGAAAGCAUUAACUCAAUGCUUUAAUUUAAGGGAAUUGGACUUAACUGCCAAUAAUUUAAAUGGACCACUCUCCAGCACAACAAUACCUGGUUUACGUAAUUUAGAAAUACUUAAUUUAAAUCGUAAUCUUAUAAAGAGCAUACAAAAUAAAGCACUACAGAAUUUUUCACGGCUUACUAGCUUAUAUCUACGUCACAACCAAAUUGAUGUAUUACAGGAUCAUGCCUUCUAUGGCUUAGGUUCUUUACAGAAUUUGGACUUGAGUUAUAAUGGUAUUGUAGCCGUUUCAAGCGCUUCUCUACAACACUUAACGCGCCUAACUACGCUGGACCUUACACAUAACUUUUUAAGAGCACUUACAUCCGAUCUUAUAACACCGUUACCAUCUUUAUCAGAAUUACGUUUGGCUGGCAAUGAUAUAUCUAUUGUUGCUAAAAAUGCUAUGGAUGGUGCACUUGAAUUAAAAAGUCUUUCACUACAAGACAAUCCACUUUCGUGUGAUUGCACUAUACGUCCUUUUGCCGAAUGGUUGCAGAGUGCAAAAAUACAAGCACAAGAUCUGAUAAGCCCCACUUGUGUAACUCCGCCACGAUUGGAAGGUGCACCAUUAAUACAAGUGCCUAUUGAAUCGUUAAAUUGUGAUAUGGAUAAUUUGGAAAAGGAUAAUGCAAUAAUUAUCGAACAACUGGAGGCACUCAGCAAGCAAAACAAUUCAACUCAUAUUAAAGACUUGUCAGAAGAAAUCAUACUGCACGAAUUGCAUUAUUCUGCUGACUACGGUUUAAUUUUGACCUGGAUUUUAAACCUGAAUAAAAAUGAUUAUAUGUGCGAUGCUAUUUUCGUUUACAAGGAAGAGAAUAUCAAUGAAAUUUUAAUUGACAACUCUCCGAUACAUUGUGAAAGUAAAAUAAUCAAUGGACAAAAUACAGUAAGUGUAAUUGUACCAGAUAGCUCAUCUCUACAAAUUGGUGAAAGUUAUCGCUUUUGUUUAGUUAUGGUACAAGAAAAUAAUCCAAAAGCUGAUCUUAAUGUUGGUUGUUCAAAUAUCACAGCACUGCAAUUAAGCAGUCCUGGUUCUGUGCCAGAUGUGCGCAAAUAUCAACGACGACCAUAUUAUACUGAUAUGAAUAAUUACGAUAACGGUAUUAUGCAAAAUGAUGAAUCGAAACCAACACACGAAGAUUUUGAUAUAAGUCAACGAAAAUUUAAUACAUUAGCAACACAACAAGAACAACACCAAAAUCAUCCGCAAGCAGAGGGCAUAAAUACACAUACCUUCGAUUUUUUGGACUCUUUAAACAAAAGUUUUCUACCAGGUUUGGGCGUUGGAAUACUUGUAACUUCAGUUGUUGUGCUCAUUUGGGGGGCAACACGUAUACGUCAAAAUACCAACAAUAGUCGCCCGAGUACACCAACUGCAACAACUUGUUACGCUGCUUCUGAGCAUAUAGCACGACUUGCCGAUCCAGAAAAUGGCACUAGAUACCUUAAGUUACAGGCUACGACUAGCUUGUAAUUAAACAAAACAAUAACAACAGUUUUGUUCUUGAGACGUAUCUUGCGUCACCUACUGCAUUUCGCCUAUAAGUCAAUUAUAUGAAAUUUGUGAGUUGCUGGCUACAUACUACAUAAAGCUAUAUUUGCCAAUUGUCAACUCUUGUGAUAAUAGCCUUACCAAUGUAUUUAAUUUAGUAUACUUAGUUUACAUAGUUUUAAGUUUUGUUUUUCAUAUUAUUAACGAAAUUGUUUAACGUCUUUGUGCUAAAGCCAAAAACUUUACUUAGGAAAUCUUUUAAUAAUUCUCUAUGUGUUAUAUCAAAUUUCCCUUUAAACUUGCAAUAUACAAUAUCACAUUUUGCUCUAUUGUAGUUUCACCUUUAGACCUUGUGCCAUACAAUACUUAACAAUUUAUAUUAUUCCAUAAAAAGACCAUUAAUCUAUUUGUUAAAGUUUUAUUUUAUA